AUGAAUUUUGGUUGUGUCCUUCGGUGCUGCCUUUUUUGUUUUUGUGCUAGCGUUUUUUUUUUUUGUUUCUGUGUGAGCGGCACUGCUGAGAGAAGCGUCCUGGCGUAUUUCUGUGUCGUGCGUGUCGUGCGCGGUGUGCCGCUUUGCUCACUUUGCUGGCUUGUUUCUGAGUGCUGUGCAGUUUCUGCAUCUUCUUUUCCUUUUUUUUGCAUUGCCUGUUUUUGUGUGCUGCUCCCCUGCUUCGGAGGGUCUGCCGCUGCCCGCCCUGCGAGCACACAAGGCGCGGGGGCAAUAAUUGGCGGUCUGGUGGCCAAAGUCAAUGGGAAUGGUGCCCUUGCGGUGCUUUUGGAUAAUGACCGCUUUGAUCCCGCCGUGCCACGUGAGAUGAUCACUCUGUCUGAGGGCCGUUCAAAGUUCAUCUCGAACGAGAAGUUUCAGGAGGUGCUGGAGUGGGUCAAAUCCGCUGGAGUGGACCGUCGCUCCGACCAGGAGAGCACCUCGUGCAUCCUUUUUCACCGGGGCUGGAGAGCGGACAAGUUGUACCUGCUGGAUGGCGCUGACGUGCACUGUCUCUCACACCUCAACAAGUCUGUGCGCAUGAGCGUACUGGAGAAGUCGGAGUGGGAGCGUGACCAGCACCGGCAGAAGCGCGAGCAAAUCAAGGAGCGCAUGAAAGAGAAGGAGAUGCGGUAUGUCCUCACCAAGUACAGUGGCGUCUUCAGUGCCUGCGUGGCCGUACUGGGUGUCGUGUCUGUGUUUGGUUGGAAUUUUAAAAAUUACAAAAAACAGCAGCGCUCCUAUCAGUUGGCCAUUGCGGCAAGUGCGCUCUCCCAACCGCACAGCAAACGGCCAAUAAAAGACUAUGUGCACCGCGAAGAUGAGGAGCAGCGCCUGCGCCAGACCCUAAGACAGCAGGAUCUUUUCCACCCGCGCAUUCUCGUCUUUGCUGGGUUUUAUGGCUGCGGAAAAAGCAUUCUGUUUCGCUCUGCGAUUCGCAAGGAAAAGAUGGCGGCUGUCUUUGUUGACAUUCGUCCAAACGAGGACCCUCUCCGCUCCAUCGUGAAAUCCUUGAACGUGCAGAAUAUUGACGCCUGUGGCGAUCUUCUCAACUUCAUUGGAGAGGCCUCGGAUCGCGCAAGGAAGGCAAUGCAUGGCGUCACCCCACUGUUCGUGCUCAAGAUUCGUGACGGCAGCUCGCUACUUCGCAUCUACAACGAAGUUGUGGCAUUGGCGUGCGAUCGACGACUCUGCCACGUCAUCAUCGAGGUGCCCAUUGAAUCUCUCACCAUCGCGAUGACGGCCCUUCCACGCCUCGACUUCCACCUCGUCCCCAACUUCUCCGUCUCGGAGGCCUUCCGCUACACACACCACCUAAUCGACCCGCUCGAGCUAACACACUUCG